AGGAACAAAUUGAUACUGUGUUUGAUAAGAAGUGUUUUACGUAUAGGUUAUGUAGAAAAAUUGUCAUCGGAAACGAUGUUUUGAGAUAUUUUAUUUUGUCGCGAUUAUUUAGUGGUCAUCGCGGAUUCGCCGCCGCCGACGUAAAACUAUCAUAUCAAGAAACGUGAUUACGCACGAUUGUAGCUCCGAUUGUUCGCUUCUUUCCAGCAAUGUCAAGAAGUGUGCCCGUAAAUAAACGUGAAUCGUCGUGAGUGAUAAUCGUGUAAUUGAGAUAGAGAUAAGAAUGGCCGAUGAGGUGAUGGAAACGUUACGGGGCCUCACUAACGAGGACACCGAGUGCAUCGUAGAUGCCGAGGUCGACGACGACGACGAGGAUUCCGAUGGGGUCGUAGUUCCAGAACUUCAGGGUACAUUAUCCAAAUGGACAAAUUACAUACAUGGCUGGCAAACUAGAUUUAUUGUACUCAAAGAUGGUACUUUGUCUUAUUACAAAUCUGAGCAGGACAGCGGAUUUGGAUGUCGUGGCUCAAUUAGUCUGUAUAAAGCUAAUAUCAAGGCACAUCAAUUUGAUGAAUGCAGAUUUGAUGUGUCCGUAAACGACUGCUUAGUUUGGUAUUUAAGGGCAAGCAGUCCAGAGGAAAAACAGCGAUGGGUAGAUGUUUUAAAAUCAUACAAGUCGGAAUCCGGUUAUGGAAGUGAAAAUAGCCUCAAACGACAUGGUAGUGCCAUUUCGCUUGUAUCAAAUACACAAUCGACAACGAGCGCUGGUAGUUUUACUAAGCGUGGCAUUAGAGGACUGAAAGAAAAGUUAGCUGAAAUUGAAACUUUCAGAGACAUUCUAAUCAAGCAGAUCGAUACUCUGCAGAAAUAUUUUGAUAACUGUGCAGAAAAUGUCAAGAAUACUUCCAAAAAAGAAAAGAAAAUUGAGACAAUGUUUAAUCCAGCCGAACAGUCAGUAGAUUUUAAAGGAGAAGCAAUAACAUUUAAAGCCACCAGUGAAGGAGUGUUAGCAACUUUACAACAUUGCGUUGAAUUAAUGAUACAGCGAGAGGAUGCAUGGCGUCGCAGAUGGGAAAAAGAAAUCGAAAAAAGACGAAAAUUACAAGAACUUUAUAAAGCUCUGAAAGAUCAAGUUGCCAUGCAUCAUAACGACUCUCCCAGACCCAGAGUUCUUAUUCAUGGAGGUCCUGACUAUGAAGAAGGUCCGCAUAGCGCUCUUUGCGAUGAAGAAUUUUAUGAUGCUGUCGAGACAGGUCUGGACAAAAUUGAAGAAGAAAAUCAAUUAAGGAAUCGCUUGAAACAAAAAUCUGUUUCAAUUUUAACAUCUCCCACUAUAACAGCAUCUUCACACAAGCUAUGGCCUGAGAUAGAGAAGAUUACCAUGGAGCAACUCCAUUAUGCUCGACUCGGCGUAGGUGGAGCAGGCGGAUGGCAAUUAUUCGCUGAAGAUGGUGAUAUGCGAAUGUAUCGGCGAGAGGAAGAGGCUGACGGAUUAGUCGUAGAUCCUCUCAAAGCAUGUCAUGUCGUUAAAGGACUGACCGGUCACGAAGUUUGUAAAAUAUUUUUCAGUCCCGAAUACAGAAGUGGAUGGGAAGCCACUUUAGAGGACAUGACAAUCAUCGAAAACAUUUCCAAGGAUACGCUAUUAUUUUUGCAAACGCACAAACGUAUUUGGCCAGCGAGUCAACGAGAUGCGUUGUUUUGGUCGCACAUACGUCGAGUAUCGGAUGAUCAGGAUCGUGACGCUCAUGAUCUAUGGAUAGUCUGCAAUCAUAGUACUGAACAUCCCGAUUACCCGCCAAAUGCAGGUAAAUGUGUGAGAGUUUAUUUAACGGUUUGUCUCGUUUGUCAAACCUUUAUCGAUCCUCCAAAAGACGAAGAGGAAAUAAAGAGAGAGAAUAUUACAUGUAAAAUAACAUACUGUUCAGUUGUAAAUCCGGGUGGAUGGGCCCCAGCAUCUGUUUUACGGGCCGUUUACAAAAGAGAAUAUCCAAAGUUCCUGAAGCGGUUCACUAAUUUUUGUAUCGAUCAGUGCAAAAACAAACCAAUCACAUUCUGAAUGUGAUUAAUAAAAAAUGAAAAUCUUUCGUGUUUUCCAUCCAAUUCCUUAUUCACUAUCUCAAAGUGUCUUCACGUGAUUACUAUAAAACAGUUUGUAUUUAGUAUACAUACUGUAAGAAUUGCAGAAUGAUUAUUAUACAACGUAAGUGAAAGUUUUGUAUAUCACUUUUGUCUUUUUUUUUUAUUAUUUGCUUGAGAUAAUUGACUUAUAUAUAACUUAUGAAUGGGAAAGAUAAAUUGUUAUAAUAAAUAUUGAAAGCCAUUUAGAAUAUAAAUGAGUGUAUAUAGCAAUUGUAUACACUUAAUAAGCAACUUGAUGAAGCGCUACAAUGAAGCACGCAUGAUUAGCACUGUUUGCUGAUUAUCUUUUCCUCUUCCAAUAAGCCUAUUAUUUGUUACACAGUAUUUUAUCCAACUGUGUGUACAAAUUUUAAUCGAGAAUUAAAUACACAAAUCUCGUUACAUAUAUCUAAUUAAAUGCUGAAUUG